CAGGGCGCAGCACACAGGACGCACAGAGAACGCGCGUAAUAGUAAGCAAGCCGAGUCAUUUGAACGCUGAACCACAAUCUUUGAUUGUUUCGGGGUGGCUUGCUGUGAAGUUUAAACUUUGAUUUCCAAGUGAUUCUUUGUUCUGAUGCUCAAGUACCGCCGGCUUCUUAUUCUCUCCUGCUUUUCGACGGUAUUCUUCAUAUGAUGCUCGGAUUUUGCACAAGUGUUUUCUCCACGCCUUGCAUCCAAAAUGUGAGGACUUCUGUCGGAAUAACUAAGGACGCUGAAUAAAGGAAAGCUUGAACUCUUCGUUGUGACCAACGUGAAGCUCGUUUCAUUCCAACCAAGUCUGAAAUGGGGCCGUCAUCUCGGCUGCUUCUUGUUUUUCUGGUUUGGGCUGAAGGUUCCUCCCUUCAUUACUCAGAGAGCCGCUCAAGUCGUGUCUACCCGGAGAAGACCUUUGGCCGGUCCAUCAAAGACUCUCAGUGCCAGCACAUGCUGAAACACCUUCACAAUGGGGCCCGAAUCACUGUGCAGAUGCCUCCCACCGUGGAAGGCCACUGGGUGUCCACAAGCUGUGAAGUCAGACCAGGCCCAGAGUUCCUGACACGCUCCUACAGGUUUUACCCCAACAACACCUUCCAGGCUCACCAGUUUUACUAUGAGGACAACCAUUGCACCAAGCCCACUUACACGCUGGUAAUUCGGGGCCGACUGCGCUUGCGCCAGGCCUCCUGGAUCAUCCGCGGUGGCACAGAGGCAGAGUACCACCUCCAUCAUGUCCAGAUGGUGUGUCACACAGCCACCGUGGCCAAAGAGCUGAGCCAGAGGCUCAACCGCAGCUGCCGAGGGGCAGUGAAGGGCGCCUGGGAACCCAACAUGAUGUACGAGCUGGUGAGCGAGGAGGGUGGCUACGAUUGUUCCAGAGAGCUUAACUUUGCCAUGCAUGAGCUGCAGCUGCUGAGAGUAGAAAAGCAGUACCUGCACCACAACCUGGAUCAUCUGGUGGAAGCGCUGUUUCUAGGAGACAUACACACUGACCCAUCACAGAGGUUGUACUACAAGCCAUCCAGCUACCAGACCGCCCUGCAGAAUGCCAAGAAUCACGACCAAAGCUGCAUCGCCUGUCGUAUCAUUUACCGCUCGGACGAGUUCCACCCUCCCAUCCUGCCGCCACGGGCGGACCUGACGGUCGGGCUGUACGGUCAGUGGGUGAGCCAGCACUGUGAAGUUCGCCCAGAGGUCCUCUUCCUGACCCGCCACUUCAUCUUCCACGAUAACAACCACACCUGGGAGGGCCACUACUACCACUACUCGGACCCCAUCUGUAAACACCCCACCUUCACCAUCUACGCCCGCGGGCGCUACAGCCGAGGGCUUCACUCCACCCGCGUCAUGGGCGGAACAGAUUUUAUCUUCAAAGUGAACCACAUGAGAGUGACUCCCAUGGACUUAGCCACCACCUCCCUCCUCAAUGUCUUCAACGGUAAUGAGUGUGGAGUACAGGGGUCAUGGCAGGUCGGGGUGGAGCAGGAUGUCACAGUAACCAAUGGCUGCGUAGCGUUGGGCAUCCGGCUGCCUCACACGGAGUACGAGCUCUUCCGCAUGGAGCAAGAUGCCCAUGGACGCUACCUUCUCUACAAUGGCCAGCGCCCCAGCGACGGCUCCAGUCCGGACCGCCCUGAGAAGCGGGCCACCUCCUACCAGAUGCCCCUGGUGCAGUGCUCAUCAAGCAGCCAGCCAUCAGAUCCCAACCAAGGAAAUGACGCAGACAGGCCUGUGCCGCGCCAUAACGACUGCACGGGAUGGCACAGAGGCUGCCAGAAAUGCAUCGCUGUGGCCAUUGCCGCGUUUGUUACUGCUCUGCUUCUCUUCAGGCAAAGCUAGAGAGCACAAAGACAUGACAGAAGAAGAGUUUGGAUUUAUGAGAGAACCCUGAGGGGCUCACGGAGACUGCAUAAGUAGACUACGUUUACAUUUGUUUUAAUAGGUAAAGGAUCAUAAAAACUGGUCCCUGAACCUCUGAACUCUUUACCAAAGACUUGAGACUGCUGCACCGCAGAAACUGCACUUUAGAGUGGAACCAAAGACCGACCUGUGUUUCUACAAGCAUACAACGAUGUCUUUAUAUCCACACAGACAUGAGAAUAUGUUUUAUAUGAGCUAUUUACCUACAACUAUCAAAUCAAGCUUCUUUUUUUUUUUAACUGCAUAGAGAACCACACUCAUGCAUCAAAACAUUUCUCUUCCUGACUUUUAGUUUGUCACCAUUUACACUAAAAUGUACUUAAUGUGUAAAAACUUUUUUUUUCCUACAUAUAGCUUUGAAGUAUGGUGAUGUCAGCAGCAGGUAUCGGCCUUGUGUUCCAAGUAAUGAUCA